UGCCCACCCCUUCUCAAGGACCUACUUUGGGCACCACUGCUUCAACAUUUGUGGAAGCUGCUGAGGUGGUUUUACCAGUCUGUUGUCACCAGCGUCUCUUUAUAUGCUGGGGUGGCAGUAUCUCUAAGGCAAACUUUUCCAAGUUGGAGAAACAAAUCAGACGUGCUGGUUCAGUGGUCAGUGGCUCAGUGGUCGGUACAAGACUGGACUUUAUGGCGACAUUGGCAGAGAGGACAUUACAUCACACAAAAUAACAGAACCAGUGAUUUUUCUAUUAUUUUGAACAAGGCGGCAACAGGAUGUUCGUCUUGUAGAAAAUAAGAGCGUGUCGCAUGACGUAACCGAAGUUUAUAAAGAACAUAGGAAAUUGUCUAAAUCUGUUGGUUUUAAUUCUUCAAAUGUACUUAAGAAAAAACAAGGAGACAAAAGGGUAAUUUUAUUAAUGAUUUACGCUGGUGGAAAAUUUACGCAGUUUAGAAAUUACAUUGCAAGAGUAAAAUUCUUGUGAUCGAUCCUUUAUUUUGAAAGCCACUGAAUGUCCUCCAUACUGCCGCGGACUUGACGCUCUGUGGUCGUUGCUCCGAGAUUGUUUUAUUCUCCGCGUUUCUGCAUUUAAUCGCUGCGACUUUGCAGUUCUCCGAGGCCGGGAACAGUUCCCUUGGAUCUGUCCAGAGGUUAUGGUUCGCACUGGAGAGCAGCGCGGUGGUUCUGUGUCUGGACGGGGGGACCUGAACAUCCGGGCCCACAGCGGGAGCAGCCCCUGAGCUGACCCAGAAAGCAGCGCCGACGGCCGGGGGCUGGCUGUCCACACGCAUGACGGUUAGCAUCCGGUUGCUGCUGCGGAACCCGGAGAGAUACUCGGGCCCUUGACUGCUGUGAGAAUAUUUUUAGGAGGAUUUUUAGUGUUAUUCUAUCAUUUCUGUGGAGCUUGGAGGGCUAGCGAGGAGCUAGCUCCUAGCUAGCUGUCGCCGUUAGCUCAUCUGUCCUAAGCCGACAGAGAGGGGGAUCGAGGGUUCCCAGCCGUGCCUUGGUGCUUGGUAACGGACCUCUGGGAACUAUGGCUGCUAAUCUAAUCAAGGAGAUCGUUAGCAGGAACAAGCGGCGGUAUCAGGAAGAUGGGUUUGACCUGGACCUCACUUAUAUCUAUCCCAACAUCAUUGCCAUGGGUUUUCCCGCUGAGAGACUUGAGGGCGUCUACAGGAACAAUAUCGAUGAUGUCGUUCGGUUCUUGGAUUCCAAGCACAAGAAUCACUAUAAGAUCUAUAACUUGUGUGCAGAGCGACACUACGACGCUUCGAAGUUCAGCUGUAGAGUGGCUCAGUAUCCAUUCGAAGACCACAACCCGCCCCAGCUGGAGCUAAUCAAGCCAUUCUGUGAGGACUUGGAUCAGUGGCUUAGUGAAGAUGAGCAUCAUGUGGCUGCCAUCCACUGCAAGGCAGGAAAGGGCCGCACUGGAGUCAUGAUCUGUGCCUACUUGCUGCACCGAGGGAAGUUCCAGGAAGCUCAGGAGGCCCUAGAUUUCUAUGGAGAGGUCCGGACAAGAGACAAGAAGGGUGUGACCAUUCCCAGCCAGCGCCGCUACGUCAUCUACUACAACUUCCUGCUCAGGAACCGGCUGCACUACAGACCUGUGGCCCUGCUCUUUCAUAAAAUGUUGUUCGAAACCAUCCCCAUGUUUACAGCUGGUACAUGCAACCCUCACUUCGUGGUCUACCAGCUUAAAGUGAAGAUCCACACCAACAACCCUGCUUAUACUCGCAGGGAGGACAAACUGAUGUUGUUUGAGUUCCCUCAGCCACUACCUGUCUGCGGAGACAUCAAGGUGGAGUUCUUUCACAAGCAGAACAAGAUGAUGAAGAAGGAAAAGAUGUUUCAUUUCUGGAUCAACACAUUCUUCAUCCCAGGGCCAGAGGAGUCUUCGGACAGACUGGAGAACGGUAGCUUUGCAACACUUCGAGAUCUUUCUGACAGAAUGUUUCAGAAUCCAGAAUUGAUGAUGGGGAGUGAGACCAACGACAGAGACUUCUUGGUUCUGACACUUGACAAGAAUGAGUUGGAUAAAGCCAAUAAGGAUAAAGCCAACAAGAACUUCUCCCCAAACUUUAAGGUCAAACUGUUUUUCACAAAGACUGUGGAGGAAGGAGCCAACUGUGACACGUGCAGUAUGUCGACCUCAGUGACACCAGAUGUCAGCGACAACGAGCCGGAUCACUAUCGCUACUCGGACACUACAGACUCAGAUCCUGAGAAUGAACCAUUUGAAGAUGAUCUCCACAGCCAGAUCACAAAAGUCUGACACACACAAAGACACGCACAUAUUGAGUAUUAAACGUGUACAUAAAUACACAAGGCCAGGAACACUGGAUGGAGACCAGUAUUCGACCAGACAUCUGGGCCAGAAUUGAUCUGUGGACUCGGGGUUUAAAGAGCUUGGAUCAGAUAAUGUCACCAAACUUAUUUUAUCUACUUGGUGCACAACCAAACAAUCAUGACAGGGUGAGCAGUUGGAAGUGGCACAGAAUGGGACAUUUUGACAGAAACUGAGAUUCAAGUAAAACUUGAAUCUCAAAAAGUCAGAGGUUUUCUACAUUGAGAUGAACCUAACUUUUCCUAGAAUCUUUUAUUUCAUCUUUCUUUCUUUCCUCCAGAAGAAUGUUUUUGUUUUGGAAACAAAAAUAUUCUAACUUUGUUUCCAUUUCUGUCCUGUCUGAGUCCCGGCUUGGUUCUUCUCUCUGAGCAUUAAAUUCUUGUCCAAAAUCAUGUCAGCUGCUUUCCUAUUGAAAUGUUUCUUUAAACUGAUCAUAAUCCAAUCAGAAUCAAGAUAAAACAAAUUCAGAUGUGAACCCAGAUGCACAUCUGAAUCCAGAAGUUUUAAAAUUAAAGCAUCUGGUUGAGUUUGAUCCCAACGCUCUGGUAGGAACCAUGAGGAGGUUCUGUUGAAGGAUGUAAAGCAGUCUAGAUCACAGCAGGAUAUUUUUGUUUACAGAUUUUCUGGCUAAUUGUUAACCAUUGGUUUAGAAUUUUCUUUACUAGUCAGAGCAGAAAAUCUUUAAGGUUAUCUUUGGAUUCUGAUCCUAACAUGUCCUGACAUAGUGUUGUGGAUUUCCAGCUGAGAUCGAUCCAAUCCUUUGCGUUGGCACAGUAUGUGUUUGGAUUUCUUAGUUCAAAAGUGUCGGAUCCCCAGGACUCUGUAAUGAUAAUAAUUUAUGGGGUUCCAUGUCUUUGUGACGAUGUGUCACUCGGAGGGAGUUUCCAACCCUGUUAAUGAAAUCUAUUCCAAAUCUGCUGGCUUUUGUCAAUCAGCUGUUGGAGUCUGUCCAAUCCCAGGUAUAGGAAGUGUAUUCUGUUUUCCUCUAGCUUCUAUCUGUCAUUAACGUAAACAGCAAACAAGCUCAUCUCUCUAACCAUCCCUGUUCCGGAUGCUUCAGCCUUGUAAAUAUUUCUGAGCAUGUUCAAUCCAGCUAGAAAAGCUCUUCUGGUUGUUCGGCAGCUUUCUGUUAGUUUUAUGAACUUGUCAUAUAAGCUACAGAGCCUUCUGGAAAUGCAAUCCGUGUUUAGGAAGGAUCGUGAGGUCUUUAGAAUGACUGGUCUGAAACUGUUUAAGAAGGCUGUGCUUAGCUGUCACUACAGCUAAGCUGGUUUUCUUUAAGGUUUCUGGUGCUAAAACAUACAGAAGGUUCAAUGAUAGAGCCUCCUAAUGGGCCAGAUUUGUCAAAUCAGAAGUGCUUCUGAUGUUUAAGGUAAGGUAAUUUUAUUUAAAGAUCACAUUUUCAACAAGGCAUUUCAAAGUUCUUAACUUAGAUUUUUUUUUAUGUUCAAUGUUUAUUCAAACUGAGAUCAUGUUAGCAAGUUUAAAUUUCUCUGAAACUACUUGGAGAUGUUCCAGUUUAGAUCCUGACUCUGGUCAGUUUUUUUCCUCUAGUUUUCCAUAUUUUUUUUCCUCUUAUGUUGCAUCAGCGCUGUAACUCUAUUUGCUAUGCAUAGUCUUCAGAUUGGGUAAUAUGGAAACUGACUUAGCUGGAGCGUAUCCGACAAUGAAGGACUCUUGACCUUUAGUUCAGAUCUGUGAAAACUCUGAAAUUGUCUAAUUGGAGAAGUUUCACUGGUCAUGAAACUUCUCCAUCUGGAUCUAGAUCAAGUCCAUGGGGUGAAAGCUGAAGCUCCGAUCACGUAUUGGAGUGGUAGAACCUUGUAGAACAUUCUCUCUCAGGGUCAGAUACAGUUUCCUCCGAAAGGGACAAUAAGGCAAAUUGCAUUGUUUUGUUGAACAAUGAAGAUAUUUGGGUUCAGAAUGUCACCUCUUAUUUCCUGGUUUUUACAUGUAGAUGUGUUAAACAACUCAACACAUACCACCCUUUGUUUGAAUCCACCCCUUUUUCAAAUGAGCCAAACUAUUGGAACACGUGAUUGAAAGGUGUUCCUUGAUGACCAGGUGUUGCCUUUAACUUUGAUUGUUCAAACAUUAAAUAGCUCUGCUUGACUAGUCUACUUUUUGGCCUAUGCUUAAACCUAUUAGCUCGGUAUUUCUUGUUGAAGAGGAUAAACCAACGUGAAGACCAGAGAGCUGUCUGAGAGAAAAGCAAGCCAUUUUGAAGCUGAGAAAAGAAGAAAAUAAAUCAGGCCCAUUGGCCAAACAAUGGACAUUGCAAACACAACAGUUGGAAUGUUCUGAAUAAGAAAGAAACUACUGAGCAACAGACAGCAAACAGGCUGGCCAAGGAAAACAGCAGUAGCUGAUGAGUGACAUCACCAACGACCCCAUACCCUGCACUGUGGGGUCGUAUCACAAUCCACUGUUAGAAUAAGACUCAGAGAGCAGAAAUAUAGAGACUAUACCCAAAGAGGCAAACCAUUUGUAAAUAUUAAGAAUCGGAAGGCCAGAUUGCAAUUUGCAAAGCACAGAGAUGAGCUAGAAAAGUUCUGGUACACAAUCUUAUCGACUUAUGAAACCAAGAUUAAUCUCUACCAAAGUGAUAGAAAGGCCAAACUUUGGAGAAAGAAAAGAACUGCUUUGGAUUUCAAGCACUUAAGGUCAUCUGUGAAGGGUGGUGGAGGUAAUGUCAUCACUGCUUCUGGAACAGGCUCAUUAUUUUUUUUAUUGAUGAUAGCAGCAGCAGAAUUAAUUCAGAAGUGUACAGAAACAUUUUGUCUGCCAAUUUACAGGGAAAUGCAUCCAAAUGGGGAGAAAUUUUGAUCAUGCAGCAGGACAAUGACCCAAAACGCACAUCCAGCAAAACAAAGAACUUCAACAGAGGAAAAAAAUGGAAGGUUUCAGACUGGCCAUGUCAAUCACCUGGCCUUAACCUAAAAGAGAAUGCAUUUCGUUUCCUGAAAUGUUUGUUUUGGGGGAGAAACCCUCCGACACAAACAAGAACUGAAAGAAGCUGCGGUAAAAGCCUGGAAUAGCAUCACAAAGAAUGCAACAGCUGGUGAUGUCAAUAGGUCGCGGGCUUGUGGCAGUCAUUACUAAUAAAGGUUAUUCCACCAAAUAUUAAAUAUUUACUUUAAAGUUUCUUUGUUCUUCUGCUCACCUAAAAAUGCUGUGAUGCAACACAAAUAGUGAGAUAUCCAAAUUUUACAUGUACUUAUAAAAACCAGGAAGUAAAGGUUGACAUUCUGAACUCUUGUCAUGCUCAUGUUUUGAUAUUGAAUCCAAAUGUCUUCAAAGCAAUGUGCCUUGCUGUUCCGACACUUUUGAAGGGGACUGUAUAUUUUCUGUCCGGUGUUGGUAAGGGUUCGAUAUGUCAAAUGAAGGUUUAUGAAAAUACAGAGAACUGACAACUGGGUAAAAAUUGUUAGGUUUCUGAGAGCUGUUGAAGUUUUUCCAACAGUCUUCCAAAUUCCUAACCCUGUAUCAAUGAGGAAGCAAUCCAUAUUGAUUCCUGGAGCCUUUUUUCUCCUCCAAAACUAAAUCUUAAUGGGUUAGUGUUAAUAUAAUCUUAAUGGGGGAUUUGGACUUUGUAAGGGAAACUGCCUGGCACUAGGAGUUAAGGCAGAAUUAGCUAAAUAAGAACAUUGAUCAGCUGCUCCUUUUCUGACAAGCGUCAGCUGGAUACAUUUAUGGCCUUUCCUGAAGGUGCUGAUAACCUAAAGAGUUUCAGAACUGAUCCUCAGCUAAGAUGCUCAAAUGUUUAGAUUUAUUGAGAAGAAUUGGAACCAGCAUGGUGUUCAGCUGGAAGCACAAUCAUCUGUCAGAACUCCCCGUAUGAAUAGCGAUGAGAUCCAAGAUAACACCUCUGCUUGUUCUGGAUCUUCAGCCCAUCUCAUUGGGUUUCAGAUGCUAAGCUCCAGCUCAUUCAGGAAGUUCACAUGUCGGAGGCGGGUUGAUUCCUGCUCCGAAAAGUGGGUUCUGGACUUUUGAAAUGGGUUUUGGAUUGGCUACAUGGAUCAGAGGUAUCAACGGUCAAAUCAACUGAGGGUCAUUUGACUUUUAUCAGACAGACCAGGAGACAGAAUCAUGUCUUAUAAGACAUUAUAUAUCACACUGCUCAUGUUUGAAUCCAGACUAGGUUUUGAUUUGACCAUUCAGGUUCCAUUUCAAUCUCUUUUCCUAUCAACAAAAAGCUCACUUGGAUGUUUGUGUGAUUUUGGGUUGAAGUGGUCGUUGGUUGUCCAGUCAGUGAUUUUUGUUCAGCUGAUUAGCAAAAUGUUGUUCGUAUGUUGGUGCUUGAACCUGUACAUUUUAUGACAUCAGUGUUCAGCUUUGAUUCUGCUACUCAGUGGAUAUUUUAAGUUCCAAACAAUAAAAACCUUCAAUCACAA